AUGGACUACGACAAUGGCGUAGCAAAUGCUCCCAGUAGCGAGAGCCGGAACGAAAAACCGAAACGAUCUAAGAAUACAAAGAAAAGCUUAUCUAAGGAAUUGGAAUCGGAAAAAGCAAAAACCAACGAUCUUAUGGAAAGACUCCUAAAGCUGGAAGAAGAGAACAAAGCUUUACGUAGUUUCCGACAGAAUAGUCAGCAAACGGAUGAUGAGGCAAGCAGUGUCGAGUUCAGCAAGGAACCAGGUGCAUCGAGUACUCACCGGGCUGAAAUUUUACCAGCUGGAAUUAUGCAAUCGUCUACGGCAGCUGGAAUUAUGCAAUCGGCUACGGCAGCUGUCCAGGAGGAAACUAGAUUUGCCUCGUCUAUCAACCAACUAGCUCUUUCCACUAUUGCUGUACCGGAGUGUAAGCCCCUUGCAGAGGGUGAAGAAAUCGAUAGACAAACAUUCGACAUGUGGCUUGAGAUGUUGAACAACUGUAUGGACUUGGCAGGAAUAUCGGACGAACUAACCCAAUUUACGGUGUUGAAAGUCAAAUCGGGACCUCGACUUCUACAGAUCUACAAAAACACUCGUUCGGACGAAAAUGCACCAGAUCCAUCUCUGCAACCGUAUUCUAACGCUGUUCAUAGAAUGAAGGCGUACUUCGGAUCAAUAUCAGAUGUGAUGUUACAACGACGGAAACUAUCGGCCAUGAUUCAAAAGCCGGAAGAAUCGGAUUUGUCUUUCAUUAAUAGAGUGGCAUCAACUGCUCGACUUUGUGAUUUCGACGGGAACAAAGAAUUUGACGAAAUAAUACGAGCAGUAGCAGAACAUGCCACAUUCAAACAGGUACGUGUCGCCGCUUUGAAAAUCCAAAAUAGAGGUGGCACUUAUACGCAACUAAUCGACAAGGUCCGAGAGAUUCAAUCUAUUAGAUUGAAUGAAGAGAUUUUUGCAGCUUCCCAUAGAAACACUGAACCAGCAGUGUUGGCCCCUGUGCGGGCUGGUCCAUCUAUGGAGCAUCGUAGAAACUUCGAUUUUGGUAGACAGCGAAUGAAUAACCGUCAGUUUCAAAAUAAUCGUGCCAAACCUUACUAUGUGGGAUACAAGUAUAACGAAGAACGUGUUAAACCAAGAGAACAAUACCAACCAUUUAAUAAUCAACGACCAAAACAAACAGGUAGCAUUCCCAACAGGCGUUUUCAACCAUACGACGGACAGCGUUGGAGGACAAACAAGCCCCUGAGUCGUCCAAAGUUUGAAACGAAUUACAACUCGCAUGAAAAUUUGCGAUGUGGUAAAUGCAACAGUCCUUUUCACGAUGCUGAUAAGUGCCCAAACGCCGACAGUGUAUGCUAUAAUUGUGAUAAGAAGGGUCACAUCCAGAGAGCUUGUCCUUUCCCGAUACGUAAUAGGUUCCGAAAUCGUCAAGUACCGGGAACUCUGGAGGCUAAAGUUAAUGAAGUGGCUAUAGAUGACGGAGAGUCAGAAAUGGAGAAACCAAACGUGCAAGUAUCGAUAUGCCAAAGAAAUAUCGACGGUAUGGACCCUUUGGUAUUGGCAACUAUUGGAAUACUUGCGGACGAUGGAAUUGUAUCGGCUCAAGUAGCAGGCCUAUCGUGCGAUUUUCUUGUAGACUCAGGAGCUCAGGUGAACACUUUUACCGAUGACUUAUUUACUAUUUUAAAAGCUGACGAACAAUAUUGCAAGGAAAUGGUAAAUCUUAAAAUUGGAACGGAUCGUCCCCUAACUGCGUAUGCAACCAAAGAUCAAAUUGACGUUAUUGCUACUUUCGAAGCUCCACUAUUCAUCUCAAGUGAUCGACCAUUUCUAUUGGAGAAAUUUUACGUGGUCAGAGAAGCGAAAUCAUUGCUUGGUAGGGCUACUGCAUUAAGAUACAGUGUUCUGAUGCUAGGGUUGAAGGUUCCCAUACCCAAACAAGCGAUCGAUGUCAAGCAUCACCAUUUAAAGGGAUACGUGGCUUCAAUAGCGAAGGUGGAUCUUUUCCCGAAGUUUAAUAUCCCUCCGGUUAAGAUAAGCUACGAUGACACUAACGCUCCCUGUCGAAAUAUAUUUACGAACAUCCCACAUGCACUUAAACCUUUAGUAGAAGAGCGUCUAAAACACUUAGUGGCUAGUGGUAUUAUUGAGCCAGUUACCGAAGGUAUGGAUACGCAAUUCUGCUCUUCAAUGCUAGUUAUUCCGAAGGGUAAAGAGGACAUCAGGCUAGUAAUCGAUCUACGGGGCCCCAAUCGCUAUAUACAUAGAACACCAUUUUCAAUGCCGACAAUGGAUUCCAUUCUUUCCGAUUUGAAAGGUGCCAAUUUGUUUUCAACUAUAGACCUUUCAAACGCGUAUUUUCAUGUGGAACUUCAUGAAUCAUCUCGGCACUUGACAAAUUUUUUCACGGAGUUUGGCAUGUACCGUUAUGUCCGCUUGCCGUUUGGAUUGUGUAACGCCCCAGACCUGUUUCAGGAAAUCCUACAGAGACAGAUCCUGGGUGGCUGCGAAGGUUUCAGAAACUACCUGGACGACCUCAUAAUUUACGGCAGAACUAAGGAAGAACACGAUAUUCGAUUAUCAGCGAUACUGGCCAGGUUAAAGCAACACAACGUAAAACUUAAUACUUCGAAGUGUGUAUUCGGAAGUACUGCUGUGAUUUUUCUCGGAUUUAAGCUAACAUCGAACGGUUGGCAAGUAUCGGAUGAAAAGAUGAAUGCAAUCCAAAAUUUUAGACGGCCAAAUUCCUUCUAUUGGACGGAUAACGAGGAACAAGAGUUCAAAUACUUGCGAGAUAAAGCGUUAAAAACGAUUAAAACCUUGGGCUAUUAUAGUUCAACUGAUAGAACUGAGCUGUAUGUGGAUGCAAGCCCUUUUGGUCUUGGGGCAGUUCUAGUUCAAUUUGACCAAAGCGAUUUGCCAAGAGUUAUCGGGUGCGCUUCGAAAGCUCUAACCGCUACCGAACAGAAUUAUCCACACACUCAGAAAGAGGCGUUGGCGAUAGUAUGGGGCGUGGAGCGUUUCCGAUUCUACCUUCUUGGGCGGUCCUUUGUAAUACGAUCUGACGCUGAAGCAAAUGAAUAUAUCUUCAAUGCAAACCAUAGGCUUGGGAAGCGGGCGGUAACUCGGGCUGAAACCUGGGCAUUAAGACUGCAGCCAUUUGAUUUUGUGGUCAAAAGGGUAGCUGGGAACGAAAAUAUUGCUGAUUCACUUUCUCGCUUGAUUGAAGGAUCCCAAACAGCUAUUCCGUUUGAAGAAAACGACGAGCCUCAUCUCCUUUAUUCGAUUGACGUGGAAAUCAUGCAGAUGACGUGGGAAGAAGUUGAAAAGGCUUCGGAAGCCGACGAAGAAAUCCAAACUGUCCAUAAAGCUUUACGAACGAAUAAUUGGCCUAAAGAACUGCGAAAGUUUCAAGCUCAGAAAAAAACGUUGUAUGCGUUAGGGUUUUUACUUUUCAAAGGUGACAGAGCCGUCUUACCCCAAGAACUUCGACACAAAGCUCUAACAUACGCACAUGGUGGCCACGUGGGGGAAACUGCCAUGAAGAGAAUAAUGCGUGAGUUUUUUUGGUGGCCGGGAAUGUCACUGGACACAGUGCGCUUCGUCAAGGAGUGCGAAACCUGCACCGUAUUAUCAAAAAAGAAUCGACCAUUACCAUUAUCACCAAGGGAAAUGCCGGAAGGUCCCUGGCAGAUCCUGCAAAUUGAUUUUCUUGCAGUACCAGGGUGUGGCUCGGGAGAAUUUUUGGUUGCGGUCGAUACCCACUCUCGUUUUUUAUCGGUGGUAGAGAUGAAGCACACGGACGCGGCAAACACAAAUGCAGCCCUUUCGGAAAUAUUUAAACUCUGGGGCUGUCCUCUUAUCCUUCAAAGUGACAAUGGUCCUCCCUUUCAAGGAUCUUCAUUUGUAGAAUUCUGGGAAGCAAGAGGCGUACGAAGAGGCAGAACCAGGGCCUGA